AUGCUACUGGUACACCAACCAAAUGGUGCCUCUAAAAUCUUACGUAGUACUAAGAAACGAAUCGAUUUGAUUUUAUCAGGAUAUACGCAUGCUGGAGAGUUUUAUAUUGAAUAGGGCCAUGCUAAUCUUCUCUGUAUUGUUCCAACAGUAUAUGCUCAUCGGAGUGAACAAAACAUGCCGACCGCGGGAAAUCUUGAACGAAGCAGUAGCAAUUUACACGUAGGUAAUGCAGGAGCCACAACGGAGCGCGAAAGAGUGCGUGAUCCACGUGACGUGAUUGACGAUGUUCACUGCAAGAUUGCUUCCAAUCAUCUAACGAACAUGAGGAAGGAGCCUUAUACAAGCGAUUACAACUCGGACAUUUGCUCAUUCGCCAUCAUGCCGAAAAUGAAAUUCUAUGGUGAUCGGCCACAGUCAUUUUCUAUCGAUGAUUCUGGGGAACGUUAUUACAUCGGUGCUGAGGUGGGACAAUACAUGCGAUAUCACCGUGGUUCGUUAUACAAAAGAUUUCCACAGCUCUGGAAACGGAUGGCAACAUUGGAAGAAAAACGAAAAAUGCAAGAAAUGGCGUGUCCUUCAUCUUUUCUGAAUACCAAUAUAAUGUUGGUGAAAGCUUGUGAGGUUGAUGAAAUAUUGAUGGGAAAUGAGGAGAAGUAUAGAGCUGGAGGGACUGGUACAGCAAGUAGCGGCAUGUCAUCCGGAACCACUACUGCUCUUAAUGGUACUCCGAUGAAAUCAACACGUUCUGGAACAGGCCCAUGGCUAGGACAGCAAGUAAGCAGCGGUUCACAUCAUCUGGAAAGUGUACCUUGUUCUACACCAGUGGCACAUGCACGUGGGCAUAUGAAAACACGAGACUUCGCUUCGUCACCAGAUGAUCUAGACAUGUAUAAAAGAAUUUUGGACAAUGCUGACCAAUCUGAGGAAUUGAUACCUAUAAGGUUGGAUAUGGAAUUAGAAGGUGUAAAGCUGCGGGAUACAUUUUGUUAUAACCGCAACGAAAAGCUAAUAACGCCAGAAAUUUUAGCUGAAACAAUGUGUGAUGAUCUCGAUUUGCCCACGGGGACUUUUCAGAACGCCAUUGCACAAGCUAUACAUCAGCAAAUUGAGGCGGCGGGGGAAGCAGCUCCUGUAGAUACGACAUUAAGUGAUCAGCGCGCACUAUUAAAACUAAAUAUUCAUGUCGGUAAUCAGUCUUUGGUUGAUCAGUUUGAGUGGGAUAUGAGUGAAGAGAAAAACAAUCCAGAGUGGUUUGCUUCAAAAUUAGCUUCUGAAUUGGGUCUUGGAGGAGAAUUUGUUGCUGCGAUAAGUUAUUCUAUCCGCGGACAAUUAUCGUGGAAUCAAAAAACCUACGCUUACAGUGAGUCUCCUUUGCCAACAGUAGAUUGUCCAUUUCGGAAUCCUGCAGAUGCUGAUGUUUGGGGACCAUUUUUGGAAACACUCACAGACGCUGAAAUAGAAAAGAAAAUGCGCGAUCAAGAUCGUAAUACCCGUCGCAUGAGACGACUCGUGAAUGCGAAUCCUUAUGGUGGCCUUUAA